CCAGCCUUAAUACAAAGAACAAUUUUUACCGGUAUAACACCCGGCUUUUUAUGGAUUAGAAACACACGUUUUGUCGAAUACCUUCAUAGGUUAGAGCAUUAGAAAUAACAUUAACAGUGAUUAAAUUUUAUAAUCGGUAUUAUCAUUAUUAUUAAGUUUUAAACGAUAUAGAUUAGGCGAAUAAUCAAAUAUCAAUAAAAAUGCAACCUGAAAUAAGAGAAAAAAAUUGUAAAGAAAUUUUGUUUCAACGAAUAUUAUUGGCUAUAAUAUCAAGUGUUACUUUACAAUUCAUAUUAAUUAGCUGCAUUGCUUUAGUAGUUAACAUAAUAAAUAUUAUAACAAACCCACUAUCAUCAAUUGAAAGUACUUGGACCAUAUUCUCAUCUCCAAAAGUAUGGUGUUAUUUGAUCGUCGUUGCAAUCAUAAUCGCUAUGGAAGGUAUCAUAUGUAGUAAAAAUUACUUGAAUUCUCCUCCUAUGUAUAAUGACAGCAGAUUUAUCAUCUUUUGUAAAUUAUUUACUCCAUAUAAUUUAAUGAUUGGAGGAAUUUAUAUUUUUUCUGGAAUAAUAUUACUGUUAGUAUAUUUAACAUUACAACACAAUGAAUCGAACAACAAUAUCUUCAUUCAAACUUGCAAAAUGAUGUAUGGAAUAUGCCUAAUUGAAGAACAUCUAUUUUUGAUUGUUGGAGGUUUUUGGACUGGAAUUUACUAUUACAUAAAAAGUAAUGUAUUUAAUUUGAAUGAAAGAUUAAAUUUUCCAAUCAUUCCACAGUCAAAACUUCCUCAAAUUGUCGAAGGUAUCUAUGGUAUAUUAUCAUUAUCAAUGACAAGUGCUAUCUGGCCAACCGUUUAUUAUUUUAUUUUAUAUUACUUUUUUGGUUCUUAUAUACGAGGUAGCACAACAAUUAUUAUUUAUUCAUUGAAACUCGAGCAAGAACCAUUAGAUACAAUAUGGAAAUUAUUCAAUUUAUCAUUAAUAUUUAAUAUGUGGCUUUAUAUAUCACUUUUUGCCUUAACAAUAACAAGUAUGCAAUUUCUCUUUCAUAUUUUUCUUACUGAAUGGAUGCAGUUUCAAAUUGGACAAAAUAUUUAUAACGAUGACAAUAUACAGAAUAAGCGAAUAAUAACACUAUCAGAUGCAUUAUCUAUGAAUAAGGUACCAAUAAUCCAAUAUCUAGGAUAUUUGGAUUUAGUUACAUUGGCACAAAAAGAAAAAUACCGCAGAAGUAUUUUAUUUACAUUAAGUCAACCUGGUGGACACCCGUAUAACUGGAACUCUGUAAUUCAAAAGUGUUUAUCCCUUAUUGAAGAAUUCUCAAAUGAAAUUAUUAAGUCUACAAUAAUAUCAUCCACAAAGGCUGAGGAACAAAACCCUGAAAAAAUUUCACCUCUAUCACUAAAUAUACAAAGACCAUUUUUUGAGAAACGCGAACUUUUAAUGACAAGUAAAAUGAGAAACUUAACUACUGCUAAAUCACAAACAGCUAAUCCAACUAUACCACAAAUUAUAGUUACUCAACACGACUUAUCUUUUGUUAGCUGGCAAUUUAUAAAUGAGCUUAUAAAAACAACAAAAAUGAAUGUCACUACAUAUUUAUUAUCUAAACCAUUGAUUUUUUAUCUUUUUGGUACUCCGAGUAAUAGUAAAACACAAUAUCUAAUAAUAAAUGGCCAAUCUGUAAUUUGGGCUGCUGAUAGUAUUUCGUCACUGGCUGUAGCAUCACUUGAAGAAGAUUCAUAUGGAAUUGUACAAAAAGAUCUACCGUCUAUUAUUUAUACAUUAAUUAAUCUCAAACAAUCACUUGACAAAUUUUAUAAGAUGAAUUUGUUAACUAAAAAACCUCAACAUUAUGAUAAACAAGUUAGGCAAAUGUUGACAUCUUUGAGAGUGGCAAAUAAGCGAAGUAUCUACAGAAUAACAACAGCAUUUAAAAAUUACAUUGAUGAUUUAAUUUUUGAUCAGCAAUUAAAAGAUCAAUUAAACAACUUUUUUGUUUGUAAAGAAUAAAUUGAUGAAUAUAAUUGUUUAUUUAAAUGGAUGUGUGUAUAAUUAGCAUUUUUUAUAAUUAUUUCUUUCUACUAUUUUCAACUUGUUCAAUGUUAUAAAUAUCUUGUCAAUAAAUUUUUUUUACUUCCUCAAA